AUGACAUUGGAUCAGGUGUCCCAGAGCCCCACGAUCGAGACAGGCCAAGGCCGCCCUCUGCACGGGAGAGGCCGGGCAGGAGCCGGGAGGCCGGGCUGGAGCAGAGGCUGGGCUGGAGCCGAGGCUGGGCAGGAGCCGGGAUGCUGGGCUGGAGCAGGGAGCCCGGGCUGGAGCCGAGGCUGGGCUGGAUCAGGGAGGCCGGAUAGGAGCCGGGAGGCCGGGCUGGAGCAGGGAGUCUGGGUUGUAGCCGAGGCUGAGCAGGAGCGGGGAGGCCAGGCUGGAUCAGGGAGGCCGGGCAGGAGCCAGGAGGCCGGGCUGGAGCCGAGGCUGGGCAGGAGCCGGGAGGCCGAGCUGGAUCAGAGAGGCCAGGCUGGAGCAGAGGCCGGGCUGGAACUGAGGCUGGGCAGGAUCAGGGAGGCUGGGCUGGAGCCAAAGCUGGGCAGGAGCCGGGAGGCCGGGCUGGAUCAGGGAGGCCGGGCAGGAGCCAGGAGGCCGGGCUGGAGCAGGGAGGCCAGGCUGGAGCCGAGGCUGGGCUGGAUCAGGGAGGCUGGGUUGGAGCCGAGGCUGGGCAGGAGCCGGGAGGCCAGGCUGGAGCAGGGAGGCCAGGCUGGAGCAGAGGCCGGGCUGGAGCCGAGGCUGGGCUGGAUCAGGGAGGCUGGGCUGGAGCCGAAGCUGGGCAGGAGCCGGGAGGCCGGGCUGGAGCAGGGAGGCCAGGCUGGAGCCGAGGCUGGGCUGGAUCAGGGAGGCUGGGUUGGAGCCGAGGCUGGGCAGGAGCCGGGAGGCCGGGCUGGAUCAGGGCGGCCAGGCUGGAGCCGAGGCUGGGCAGGAGCCGGGAGGCCGGGCUGGAGCAGAGGCCGGGCUGGAUCAGGGAGGCCGGGCUGGAGCCGAAGCUGGGCAGGAGCCGGGAGGCCGGGCUGGAUCAGGGAGGCUGGGCUGGAGUCGAGGCUGGGUAGGAGCCGGGAGGCCGGGCUGGAGCAGGGAGGCCAGGCUGGAGCUGAGGCCGGGCUGGAGCCGAGGCUGGGCUGGAUCAGGGAGGCCGGGCUGGAGCCAAAGCUGGGCAGGAGCCGGGAGGCCGGGCUGGAUCAGGGAGGCCGGGCAGGAGCCAGGAGGCCGGGCUGGAGCAGGGAGGCCAGGCUGGAGCCGAGGCUGGGCUGGAUCAGGGAGGCUGGGUUGGAGCCGAGGCUGGGCAGGAGCCGGGAGGCCAGGCUGGAGCAGGGAGGCCAGGCUGGAGCAGAGGCCGGGCUGGAGCCGAGGCUGGGCUGGAUCAGGGAGGCCGGGCUGGAGCCGAAGCUGGGCAGGAGCCGGGAGGCCGGGCUGGAGCAGGGAGGCCAGGCUGGAGCCGAGGCUGGGCUGGAUCAGGGAGGCUGGGUUGGAGCCGAGGCUGGGCAGGAGCCGGGAGGCCGGGCUGGAGCAGGGAGGCCAGGCUGGAGCAGAGGCCGGGCUGGAGCCGAGGCUGGGCUGGAUCAGGGCGGCCAGGCUGGAGCCGAGGCUGGGCAGGAGCCGGGAGGCCGGGCUGGAGCAGAGGCCGGGCUGGAUCAGGGAGGCCGGGCUGGAGCCGAAGCUGGGCAGGAGCCGGGAGGCCGGGCUGGAUCAGGGAGGCUGGGCUGGAGUCGAGGCUGGGUAGGAGCCGGGAGGCCGGGCUGGAGCAGGGAGGCCAGGCUGGAGCAGAGGCCGGGCUGGAGCCGAGGCUGGGCUACAAAGUGGAGCUCAGACGUUGGGCUGCAGCACAGUGGCAGGGGGCAGGGCGGCGAGGUCUCCCCCGGCUCCCCCGAGCCUCGGCUCUCCCUGCCGGUGACCUCCAAGCACCCGGCAUCAGCCGACCGGGAAGAGACGCACGACAGGCGCGGUCAUGAGAAAUCCCGCCCAGAAUGUCCCGCAUCCUGUGGGCAGAGAGGAAACAGGGAGGGGAUUGACCCGGCAGCCAAGGCCCAUGAACGCCUGAGCGGGCAAGGGGGCCAUGACAUGUCCAGUGAGAUCCUGCAGCCAGCGCUGCAUGGACGGGAGCACAGCGGGGCCCGGAGAGCAAACGCUGCAGGUGGCCUGGGGAAGGGAAAUGCAGAGAAGAAAAUGGGCGAGGUGUCCCAGCAGGAAAAGCAGAGGGGAGGCACCAGGACAACUUCCCAGCAGCCCCUGCACUGGAUGGUGGCAAUUGAACACGGGGGCACCCACCCCCGGUGCACAGCCCUGCACAUGGACACAGGCACCCUGGUGAGCAGGCGCCACGCUGACAUGAUGAGGACCCAGAGGAAAUCCAGGAGCCCACGGCCACAAGGCCAGCAGGGGCCAGUCGUGCUGCAGCCGCUGAGCUUGUGGCUGACGGCCAUGAAGCUGCCAGACCUGCCAGUACCACUCACGGCGGCACUGCUGGACAGCCUGACCACGGUUAACAGUAGAACAAGGCCCCAUUAUACAAACUGGAGGCUGUACGCACCAGCCAGCACAAAAGUGCAACGCCUGGACAAUACAACAACUGGUUCCAUGCAGCCGUUCUCCAGCCUGCAUGACACAGGGGCCCAGACCAAGUGA